UCUUGUUUGCAGAGAGAUGGCCGACGCCUUUCAAGAAGGGGAGUCCGCCGGCGCUGAGAAGCCGGUGGGAGAGGAUUACUAUGACAGCCUGGCCGAGAGCGCGGCCGAUGAGCAAGCAGCGGAGGUGGUGGAAGAGGAUCCCGAGCUCCAGGCCCUCAGAAAGGUCCUGGACCAAGAGAAAAAAAAGAGUAAGGCUUUAGAAGAGCACAAGAGAAAGUUAGAGGAGGAGACAAAGAAAAUGCAAGAAUUGCAAAAAGAGCUUCAAAGCGCGUCGAGAAAGCUGAACAGCGAAGAAGCUGACUCCAGAUCUGUGCAUGUUGGAUGUGUCGACUACAGCGUAGAGGCGUCCGAACUAAGAGGGCACUUCGAGUCGUGCGGUGAAAUUCUUCGCAUCACCAUUUUGUAUGAUAAAUACACGAACCAGCCUAAGGGCUUUGCGUAUGUAGAAUUCGCGGACAAAUCCUCCGUCGCUCGGGCGCUGAACCUGAACGACAGCAUACUGAAGGGCCGAGCACUGAAGGUCAGUGCGAAGAGAACGAACAUCCCGGGCCUCUCCAAGACGAGACACGCCCACCGGGGCGGGUAUGGCGCCUACGGAUAUCCCCCCUACUACUUCAGGGGCCGGGGCAGGGGACAAAUGAGGGGCAUUCGCGGACGAGGAAAAGGCUUCUGUCCAUAUUAG